AUGAAACAAAGAAAUAGUUAUACAGGGGGAACAAACUCCUUUUUCAGAUCUCAUUCUCAAGACUUAUCUCUAUCGAAUCUCCUUCAGUUCUCAAGAGAAGUAGCUGGAUACAGUAGGAGGAAUCGGAGAGCAUCGCAUUCUCCAUUGCUUCUUCAUCUUCUUCUUAAAACAGUUGGAUCUAUUUUGGAAGAUUUCUCAAAGGUUGAAGCAUCUGAGCGGCUUCAUCUUCGAGAAUCUUCAUGCAUACCUACAACAAUAAGGUUCGUCAUCAUCAUCAUUUCAAGAUCAAUUUCAACAACGAUAAUUCCCAAAAUCAGAAUCGAUGAAUUAGAAAAAAAGAUUAACAAUUCAGAAACAAAACGCGCACCUGAAUUCACAUCUCUGGAUUUCUGGCUUCACUCUUGCAUUCAAAUCAUCGUCGGAGCGACUCCGACUGAGAAGAGAGGAACGAAGACGGUGGUUGUAGUGAUCGAUCAAAUCCACGACGAAGAGAAGCGAAUCAAGCAGAGCUUCGAAGCAGAGAGGCGAGAUGACGAAGUCGAAGAAGGCCUGAUUAUGAAGCCAAAGCGUAGAAGAAGAGAAACAAAAAUGACGAGUCUCCGCCAAGUAACUCCGUCAACAGCACCAUGCCGGAUCUCGGAAGCUUCAUCCGUCAGCGGAGCAACGAUUUAUCAACGGCGAUUGCGAAGCGAGUCUCAUCGUUUCGAAAAUCGAUGGAAUAGAUAG